GUUGGGUGGACGUAGCUCUGGAGCUUACCGUAAUGGCCUCUAGCGACGAAAAUAAUCGUGGCGGUUUGCGGAGCCUCAAUCUCACCUGAGCUGGGUGUUCCCGCUCAGAUUGCUGGCUCCAAUCUAAUCGCCCCUCUAUGUCACUCUCAGAACUAAGUGAUUGAGCUACAAUCAGUGGCACUUCUCAAACAACCACACGGCUCUUUGUUGGUUAUCAUUUUCACAGUUCUUCAUAUAUAGCUAACGCCCCCGCAAACAACUACCAUUUAUCGACUUUGUGUUCCCUGGGACCCCUCCUUCCCUGGGUGUGGUCACCCUGCGAGACACAACGUUCUGUAGGUGCCUUUUCAAUAUCUAUAGCGCAUAUAUGUCGGCUUCAUCGCGAAUGCCGGUCCGCGUGUAAGUAGCUUGGAGGCUACAGACAAGACCUUUCUUCUUGUUCGUCAAGUUACGUGCUGGUUCUCAGGCCUUUGAACUUGUGAUCAUCCAUCCGCAUAGCAUAGCAUACGUCGGAGGGAGGAUAAAUAUGGCGGCCAACUACUGGGAAUCAACACAACGCAAGCACUGGCAGUUCUCUAAACAAGAAUUGGCCCGGCUUCGGCAGAAACUGGAGGAUGAGGACAAGAAUCUGGUCCAGACGUAUCCGCUGCCUCCACUGAGGCAUCUCAGCAUCUUCUUCAACCAACAGGUUAAGAGGCUUGGAAAGCGCCUUUCCGUGAGACAACAAGCCAUGGCCACGGCCCAGCUCUACAUCAAGCGAUUCUACACGAAGAUCGAAAUCCGCCGGACGAACCCAUACUUGCUGAUAGCGACCGCGGUGUACUUGGCUUCCAAAAUGGAGGAAUCUCCCCAGCAUAUCCGGUUGGUGGUGAAUGAAGCUCGCUCUCUAUGGCCAGAUUACUUCAAUACGGAUACAUCAAAACUGGGAGAGUGCGAGUUCUUCCUGAUAUCAGAAAUGAACUCGCAGAUGAUUAUCCACCAGCCUUACCGAAGUCUGUUGGCGCUACAGGACGAGUUCUUUGAUACCCAGGAAGAAUCUAAUCUGGCGUGGUCAGUUAUUAACGACCACUACAUGACGGAUCUGCCAUUGCUGUAUCCGCCGCAUAUUCUUGCCUUAACGGCUAUUCUACUAGUACUAGUCCUUCAGACAAACGGCAACUCAGCAGCUCCACCUACACGGAGUAGAGGCAGUGGUCUGGGGGUGGCUGCUCAGGCAGCGUUGAAGAAUGCAACCCAAGCAAGAGGCAUCUCGGGCACGGAGAAAGGCCCCAUAACUUCGCGAACCAAGAUACAGAGAUUCUCAGUCUGGUUGUCGGAGAGCACAGUGGACAUCGAAGCCAUGGUCGACUCGAUCCAGGAGAUGAUUUCGUUCUAUGAAUGCCAAGAGCAGUACAAUGAGAAGAGUACGCGGGAGCAAGUCAACAGGUUCAUCAAAGCACGGAACUUGGACAAAUGAAGAAAGCGCAUGCCUUUCUUCACUUGUCCAAGUUAUAGUAUGGGCAUCACAGUACUAUUGGUAUGCGAGUACAGCAGACGCACGAAUGGUGAAUGUGCGAUAUGCAUUUUCGGUGUCCAAAGCGCAUUUAGCCCAGCACCCCAGCCUAUUAUAAGCGCCUAGUAAGACGGGCGAUGAUGAUAGUUUCAGAGGGGGCUGGCACGGGAUCUACGAGUCUCACAAACCUGCCAAGCGAGAAAGUGGCGGUGAACAGUUGAGACAGACACCUUGACUGCGAUGUGGAGAAGGAAUGGGAAUGCAGAACCUUUUUGUUCCAGCAUAAUUAGAUUAGCUGCCAGAUAGAUACCUGCACUGGAGUAGAAUCUUGUUGGUGCAUGAAUAUACAGGAUGAUACAUACCUUACAUGCAAACCCGGAAGCCCGAGUGGCGCAUGGUGUUUGGUAUAAGCUAUAAUUGGAUGCUGGCGGAUGCUGGCGGGGAUGCUGGCGGAUGAUGGGUGGAAUUCUGCUUGAUACUGCACUGGAGCACCCAG